UCUUCCCAGGAGUUGGAGGGUAUAGCUAGUUACACUGUGGAAGCGGUUGUUAGAGGGACCUUUGAUUUUAUGUAUCAAGGGAAAUCAGAUUUGUAGAGAAUUGAAAUAUAACGGUUUUUAUAUUUCUAUACCGUAUGUUACAAUUGAAGGAUUACGUGUUUUCAUGUUGUGUGGGCUGCUGUUAUUGUCUCAGCAUUCCCAAGGCGGUCUACCACUGGCAUCAUCUUUGCCAGCGACAGUUUGUAUCCGUUUCUUCAGUAUCGUCUUCGACUGCUGCACUCGUGUUUUUUGAACUUGCGAGUGUUUAAAAUGACUGGAGAAAAGAUCCGUUCGCUGCGUAAGGAUCACAAGCCGAGCAAGGAGGAGGAUUUGCUGGAGCCGGACGAAGAAGCUGCUGCUGGGACGUUCACUUCGUCGACAAGGACUAAAGGCAAAGGCAAUAAAAUCUUUAGCAAUCACAAGCUAAUCAAACCCCCGGCGACACAACAGCAACAGAACCAGCAAUCGCAGAUCAACGCUAACACUAACACGAACAUAGCAGCAGGCACUAUUGAUGAUAACAACAAAAACCCAAUUAUCCGUACCACAGAGGACUUCCCAGUCCACGAAUGUGUGUUCAAAGGAGACGUGCGCCGAUUGUCAUCGCUAAUUCGGACCCAAAACAUCGCCCAGAAAGAUGUCCACGGAAAUACACCUCUACACCUUGCAGUAAUGAUGGGCCAUAAAGAGUGCGCCCAUUUGCUUCUGGCCCACAAUGCCCCUGUCAAGGUGAAAAACGCUCAGGGAUGGAGUCCUCUCGCAGAAGCCAUCAGCUAUGGAGAUCGACAAAUGAUCACGGCGUUGCUGAGGAAGCUGAAACAGCAGUCGAGGGAAAGCGUAGAAGACAAGAGGCCUCGGCUGCUGAAGGCUCUGAAAGAGCUUGGGGACUUUUAUUUGGAACUGCACUGGGAUUUUCAGAGCUGGGUGCCUUUGCUUUCCCGAAUUCUGCCUUCAGAUGCUUGCAAGAUCUACAAGCAGGGCAUCAACAUUAGGCUGGACACCACCCUCAUCGACUUCACCGACAUGAAGUGUCAGCGCGGCGAUCUCAGCUUCAUCUUCAACGGAGACGCUGCGCCCUCCGAGUCAUUUGUGGUUCUGGACAACGAGCAGAAGGUGUACCAGCGAAUACAUCAUGAGGAGUCUGAGAUGGAGACCGAGGAAGAGGUGGACAUUUUAAUGAGUAGCGAUAUUUAUUCCGCCACACUCUCCACCAAAUCCAUAACCUUCUCCCGGGCCCAGACCGGCUGGCUGUUCAGAGAAGACAAGACGGAGCGAGUUGGGAAUUUCCUGGCGGACUUCUAUUCGGUGAACGGGCUGGUGUUGGAGUCCAGGAAGCGACGAGAGCACCUAAGCGAGGAGGACAUCUUGAGGAACAAGGCCAUCAUGGAGAGCCUGAGUAAAGGGGGGAAUCUCAUUGAACAGAACUUUGAGCCAAUGAGACGCCAGUCCCUCUCCGCCCCCUCGCCCAGCACCAUCACCUGGGAGGAGUAUAUCAACGCUGAGAACGGCAAGGCACCGCAUCUAGGGAGGGAACUGGUAUGCAAAGAAAGCAAGAAGAAUUUCAAAGCAACAGUAGCCAUGAGCCAGGACUUUCCCCUGGGCAUUGAGUCAUUAUUAAAUGUUUUGGAAGUGAUUGCACCAUUCAAGCACUUUAACAAACUCAGAGAAUUUGUUCAAAUGAAGCUCCCACCAGGAUUUCCAGUUAAACUAGACAUCCCCGUGUUUCCAACCAUCACAGCGACAGUGACUUUUCAGGAGUUCCGCUACGACGAGUUUGACGAGUCCAUCUUCACCAUCCCUAACGAUUACAAAGAGGACCCGAGCCGCUUCCCUGACCUUUAACCCCUCUCACGCUAAAUCUGGAACAUCUCCCUCAGAACAGAACUGACAAAAUAAACUCAACCCAUAAAAGGGCAUUCGGACAAUGUUGAGGGGUCGUAGUGGGAAGAAAAAAUAAAGCUUGUCAAUUUUAAAAUGCUGUAUGUAAUGUUGAUAAAGGGAUUAUGUUGAAUUGAUCUGUACUAAGGCACUGAAUUAAUAAUGUAGGACUAUUUACGUGGAAGAGAAUUUGCUGGUUUAUAAAAUAACGCGUACUAUUUGGAGCUUCCAGAAGCUUCGUUAACCUGAGCAACAUCCACAUGCACUACUUAAAAGUAAGCACUGUGCUGACAGACAGGGGGCACUCAAUUGUGCCAGUUUUUACUCAUCCCUUUGAUAAUGAAUUUGAAACACAUUGACACAGAGGUAUAUGAAUAUUAGAAUUUGGAAUGUCUUGACAAUUCCCUACAGCAAAGCCAUCCUGAGCUCCUAGACAAGUAGCAAAGGUGGUGUUAUAAAUUAUGCUAGCCUUGUUUUCAGAAUCCUUUGUAAACUAUGUAACUAAAUGUACAAUUCAGUAAAAGGAAAAAAAAACCAAGCAAUGUACAUUUUAAGUUGGAAAGGUUUUCUUCAAGGAUCAGGGCAGAAUAAUGAGAAUAACAUCUAUAAGGAAAUACAAUGUAAAUUGCAUUUUUACAGAUAUCUAAACCAAGCCUUUUACUGUGCAGGGUGUAAAUACCUCUAUUUUUGGGUUCUGGUUUACUUUGUUGUUGUUUUUUUUUUUCUUUGUUUUGUUCAACUUUUGUGUGUAAGAUAAGGGUGGGGAUGAUGUCUUUUCGGAGAGGGUAGGGUGCCAGAUUUUAUGCAAAGAACUAAUGUGAGUGCAUCCAUGGGGUUAUUAAAAGGUCUUUACUUUGUAUUGUUGUGGCAUUUAAUAUUUUUGUACAUAACUCUGCUUAUCAUCUGGUUGACCUCUAUUUUCUGUUUUCUGUGUGGUUGUACACACCCGGUGAACAUGCUGCCGGGUUUCAGUGUUCUUAUGCUCACUACAGGUCAUUGCAUGAUAACUCCCUGAGCCCCAGUCUGAAUCCAUCUCCUUCCCAAUAGAGGAAUGCAAUCUACAGUCCUGUACCUGUACUGCACAUCACCAGGUUCACGUAUGGCUUGUUUCCAUCAGCUGUGUUGCACUGGCGGUGAACAGCCCCAGUGAGUUUGUCCAAAAAAAUGACAUUACCUUGAAGCGCAGUCAUUUGCAGAAAGAUGUCGAAUGUGUACCCCUUUUCCACUAUACACAUGCCUACUUCUGCCCAAAUGUAGUGCAAUCACACUCUGAAAACAGCUUUUUAAAGCAUGGCUGCCAUCAGUAGUAGCAGUAGGUGAAUAUGGCUGAUGGAAACGGGCAAAUAUUGGACUAGUCUUUAGACACUAUAGAAUGUACUCUCGAUUUUACAUGUUGAGGGUUGCCUGGAGUUCUGCAAUGUAACUACAAGUUUUACGGUUUAGUAUCUAUGCAGCCACAGUGGAACCUGAGCAGCCAGUCCCGACAUAGGAAACAGCCUUUGGCUAGCUGGUUUCCAAAUUCGGGACAUGAAGCCUUCUAGGUCAUACAUUUGCACCUCAACUGGAGGUUGAAUUUUUUUCUUUUAUGGAUGGAUGCUCUAACAUGUUUAAGUUCCUAUUAUAUUUAAGUCACAUCACCAUUUUGAAAUGGGUUAAAAACAGUAAAAAUAGGUGUAGUCAAAGGAACCUAAGAUGACCCUGUAGCCUUAUACUACCUAACCUAGAUAUUUAGCUGUGUGCUUCUGGAAUUUGAACCUUGAACAGAAACUGCUCCUAAGCACCAGCAGCAUUCAUUUCAUGAUAGUUGUUUUUUGUGUGUGUGUGUGUGUGUGUUAUCCACCAUUUUGGUUUAUGUUGGCAUUGUUAUUGUGGCAUAUCAAAAUGACAAUAGAUAUCUUAAAUGGUACUGUUAAAUGCUUCCAUGCCCCACUACUGGAUAGUGUGGCACAUGUCCUAAGUUUUUACACUUAGCAUUUUUAUACUUAGCGUCACCUUUUACCUGUUACAGUAUGUUGUUGGUGGUGUUUUACCAUUUUUUAAGUUCUUUACCAUGGCUUGAGCUUUCAGAACCCAAUAUAUACACAUUUAAGUAUACUUGCAUUUACAAGCAGAUUGUACAGCAAGAACAUUGUAUAAGC